UCAGGUUUUCACAAUCGCUUUUGUCCUUCACCUUUGUAGGACAACUCGAUUCAUGUAAUGUAAAUUUUAAAGAUGUCUUAUUUACAAACGUCAGCUACUUCACACGCCAGGAAAGUUAGAAGUCUAUAUAAGCAAGCUGUACGUCUUCUUCAGGCACACUACGAAGGAUAUGACAGGUUUGAAUUUCGGUACCAGGCAGUUUUAAUGCGUGCCAGGUUUGAUGAGCAUAAAGAAGAAAUAGAUGUGCGAAAGGCAAAGAAACUGCUUUUAGAUGGGCAGAAAGAGUUGUUUCUGAAGUCACAUCCUCAACCAAUCAAAUUUCCUUUAUCACCAGGUGGUGUUGCUUAUCAAAGAACAUAUCCUGCUCCUGAUUGGCUACUAGAUUUUUGGUCGUCGCACGAAAAGGCUCAAUAUCCAGAAUAUUUUGCAUUGCGUGACAUUAGAAAAAAAGAGUUUAUAGAAAGAUGGGAAAAACAAUACGGAAAGUCAGACUCUGAAGUCAGCCACUAGAAUUGAUGAUAUUUACUUUCUUCAGGAUGUGGUUUGAUGCUUUGACAAUAGUAUUUCAAUCGCAAUGUAUUUGGUCUAUCAUUCUGUUUGGACAGUGUCUUUGUAGCGAGAAAACCAGCAAAUAAAAGAAGUUAUAUUACGUU